AUGUUGAAAAUUGACGGCCCACGAAAUAUUACAUUCGGAGAAGGAUUCUUAAAAUUAACAGAUAUGAAUAUCUUAGAUCUGUCUGGAAUCACAGGACAUUGUUCGUUUCAAAAAAUAUCGCAAGGUUUUUUCAAAUAUUUGCCUAACUUGACCUACAUUGAUGUUUCAGCAUGUGAAAUCUUGCAUGUUGAUGAUGGAGCGUUUGGGAGUCUCCCAUUUCUUAAACAUCUUGAUAUAUCCCAUAACAAGAGAUUAGGAUUUGCCUCACUUCCAAAUAUCACAAAAAAUCUGGAAAAGACAGCCAUAGAAAUUUUUCGAUUUAAUGGUAUAAACUGUUUGACUGGAACAGGGACAAAAAUCCGUACAUGUCAUCUUAUCAACUUAAAAGACACAAAAAUUACCGAAUUAUACAUCGAAAAAAACCGACUUGAGCAGUUUGAGGCAGGAGCUAUAAAAGUUCUUCCCAAAACGUUAAAAAAAGUAUCCCUUGGGGAAAAUAAAUUGACUCAAGGGAAAUAUAUGAUAGACUAUUUCUCUGUGGAAAGUGUUCGCAUCUUUAAUAUAAGCGUUCAACUUCGACCAGCGCCGUUUCCGUGGUCAAUAUUCGAAAACUGUAUUGAAAAGCACGACGACUGUGAAUUUACUUUUUCAGAAAACGAUAGAAGAACAGAUGCAGAAAGAAGUACAGAUAUAUUAUUUCGUACGAAUGACAAACGGCUUAUAACAUUUAAUAUUCCAAGGUCAGCAGAAAUUAUUUAUGCCAACUCCAGUCGACUGUAUACGGCUAUUCCCGAAUUUGGGAUAAACUCCAAAGGUUUCAGGGAAUUCUAUUUACAACAUAACUUCUUCUACUCUUGGAUUGGACCAUUUAUGAAUGACAUUGAGGGGAAAAUAUUUGAAAAUAUGCAUUCCCUGCGUAUACUUGAUCUUUCAUUUGACAACAUAAACGUGUUGCCAACUUUAAUGUUCAAAAACCUUCAAGAGUUGCAAGAAUUAAACUUAAAAGGUAAUUUGCUUUUUGAAUGGCGCGUAAAAAUGGAUCACAUGAGAAAAAUUAAAUUGAUAAACUUGGCUAGAAACAGGUUAACAACGAUAAACAUGCAUCAGCAAAGUGCUUUUGGAAGCCUAUUUUUAAUAUCAAGUCUAACAAUUGAUAUAUCUGAAAACAAACUUUUAUGCUCAUGUGAAAAUUUGCAGUUUCUUUCCUGGAUUACUGCCUACAGAAUGCAUUUUAAACAAUUUAAAUCAUAUCAGUGCUCAAUGGCAAGUUCCAAAACGUUUGAUUUCUCAAAUGCCUCUUCGUCUUUGUUGACUUUGCGAAGAAAUUGCAAAUCAUUUUUGUUGAUUUAUUUAUUAAUAUCAGUUGCACUUGCUUUCUUAAUGAGCAUAAUGAUAGGUGUGAUAAUCGUAAAAAAUAAGUGGAAAAUUAUAUAUUUCAUUUUCAAAGUCAAGAAAAGAUUGGGAAAAAUUGGAACUCUUUCAAAAGAAAUAGGGCCAAUGGGGUAUGACUACCAUGCAUUUAUUUCUUUUUCCGAUGAUAUGAAAGAUUUUGUGGUCGAUGUAAUGAUCCCACGUCUUCAAACUCGAUCAAACUUGCGAUUUUUCAUUCGUGACCGUGACGAUGUUCAUAAAGCAGGGCAAAGCGAAUAUACUGUCAUAAUGGAAGCCAUUGAAAAAAGCAGACGUGUGAUAUGUUUGUUAUCUGAUGAGUACUUGAAAUCCGACAUCGACAAGUAUCGAGUUUUUGAAAUCACUAUAGCAAGGUGGGAAGGUGUAAAAAGAGGAAAAAGUUUGAAAUUUAUUCAUAUUAUCCUGUUCCCUAAAGUUAAAAUAGAUUCACUCCCUGGAAUAUUGCUGACUAUCUUGAAACAAAAUUCUUACUUGGAGUAUCCUAAGGAAGAAUGUGCGUAUGACGUCUUCUGGGAAAAAUUUCAGUCUCUCAUUGAGCAGGAUGUUAUGUCUGACAUGGAGCAAGAAAUUAAGCCUACUAUUAUGCAGGAUGAUCUGUCUGAUAUUGAGAAAGACUUUGUGUGUGACACUGAACCUCUCAUUACGCCUGACAUUGAACAAGGGUAG